AUGAAGAACCAACAUGGUUAUGUGCCACCUGCUUACAUACCUUUGGGGCAGUCAGAUUCAGGCGGAGUGGAUGUCUCUCUGCUUCAGAGCAAUGAACAACUUCCUGAUAGCAAUGGAUCGAACCAAUUGCAGGCUCAGUGGUCUUCUGGAAUCUGUGCUUGUUGCGAUGAUAUGCAGAGUUGUUGUAUAGGUUUUCUUUGUCCUUGCUUUCUCUUUGGGAAGAAUGCAGAAUUUCUGGGUUCUGGAACUUUCCUGGGAUCAUGUGUUACGCACUUUAUAUUAUGGAGUGUGGUUAAUACAGCCUGCUGCUUAUUAACUGAUGGCUUGUUUUUGGGUUUACCGGGAUGCCUUGUUUCAUGUUAUGCCUGCGGCUACCGCAAAGCCUUAAGAUCGAAGUAUAAUUUGCCGGAAGCACCCUGUGGGGAUUUUGUUACCCAUUUUUGCUGUCAUCCAUGUGCUAUUUGCCAAGAGUACCGUGAGAUACGCGAAAGAUCUGGGGGUAGUGAAUCCAUAGACUUAACGCCAGCAGUAGUUACAGUUCCGCCAAUGCAGACAAUGCAACCUGAUGCCAAUCAGUAA